AGGCCGCCGUUGUCGUCUGUAGUUUCGCGGUAGUUCUUCUGUUGAGACUGCCAGAGUGGCUUCGCGGAAGUCCUCCUGGAAGAUGGCGUUGGCCGAGGCCGGUGCUCGGUUGCCGGAGGGUGCGACUGGGGAGCGAGUGGACCCGCUUUCCCGCUUCACUUGCCCGGUGUGCCUGGAAGUGUUCGAAAGCCCCGUGCGAGCGCCUUGCGGUCAUAUCUUUUGCACGCCAUGCAUUCAAGAAUGUCUUAAGCCUAAAAAGCCUGUUUGUGGAGUUUGCCGCAGUACCCUUUCUAAUGGCAGCAGAGCUCUGGAUUUGGAAAAGCAAAUUGAAAUGACAGAGGCUACUUGCAAUGGCUGCAAUCAAAAAAUGUAUCUCUCAAAGUUGCGAAGUCAUGCAGCUACUUGUUCGAAGUAUCAGAAUUACAUAAUGGAAGGUGUUAAAGCUGUGACUAAAGAACCAUUACAGAAUACUAGGAGUGUCCCCAAUAGAUUUACAUUUCCUUGCCCUUAUUGUAAUGAAAAAAACCUGGACCAAGAAGGACUGGUAGAACACUGCAAAAGCUAUCAUAGCAACGAUACAAAGCGAGUGGUUUGCCCAAUCUGUGCAUCAAUGCCCUGGGGAGAUCCACACUACAGAAGUGCUAACUUCAUGGAACAUCUUCAGCGACGUCAUCAGUUUUCAUACGAUACGUUUGUGGAUUAUGAUGCUGAUGAAGAUGAUAUAAUGGCCCAAGUCCUAUUGCGCUCCUUGAGGGAUCAAUGAAAAAAGCAAGAAGUAUUCUUAAUACUUUGCUUCCAUUGGUGAGAAAAGACCACAGACAUGACUUCCUCCAAGAUACUUUGGCACACAUAAACGUAAACUGAAGGCUCUCCCAUGGUUUUAUUCCUGUCUUCAUAUUUCUAAUUUUGUUUUUUUUCUAAUGGACUUUCUGUUGAAGUUCAUCUUCUUCAAGGUCCUUUUCUUUUUACUCAUUUCUGAAUAUAUUUUUUCCUUAUCUGUUUCAGAUCUGAAUGCUUGUAGUCAGGAGACUACAAAUAUUUCUAAUGUAUUAGCACCUUUAUUUUAAUUAGUGUUAUUAUAUUGUUUGACAUGGAUCAUCAGUUAGAAGCCCAGGUUUCCUUAGAAACUCUGGUUAUUAGAUUCAGAUAUCAGUCCAGAUACAGGAUUUCAUUUCUAAUAAAUUAGGAAUCUGAUACCUACUUUUGCAAAGCUGGAUUUGGUAUCAGCCUUCAGCAAUAUAUAAAGCCCUGGUUGGAGAUUCUUAUAUAGGAAGCCAUUGGGUUUCCCCCCCUGAAUGUACAAUAGUUAAAGAUGGUGUUUAUCUUAAUACAUAUUUUGACUCUGAACAUUUAAGCAGAGUUGAGAUAGAGACUAUGAAGAGAUCAUUGUAUGGUUCCUGAAUGAUGAAUAAUUCAAGGUUCAUAUUUCAUUUCCAGCUUCCUAAAGCUGACUACAUCUUUAUAUAUUUCUACCUCUAUGCCUAGAAUUCAGAACAAUCUUAUAGCAACAAUAGUGCAGACUUUAACAUCUGGUUCUUUAGGUAUAACGAAUAUUAAAGCCUCUUAUGCUUUGUGAAAACUCUGCUUCUGUCUAACGCAGAAAGUUGUUUAUUCAUAAGUGAGGCUUCCAUGCAGACCAUGGAUAUUUCAUUUACUUAACAAAUCAUGCCAUACAAAUUGCCACAUCCUGAAUUCAGAGACUGCUAUGAAUCCUUGUCAUACAGGUUAAUUCCAGUUCUGAUUCUCACAAAUGGUCUUGAAAUUUUGAAGAUGAUUGAUUUUAUUUUGCUCAAGUGUUGAUUGAGGCCAAAUCUGGCAAACGGGGAUAAUACCAAAUAGCCCUGAUACGUAUGUUUUCAGUAGGAAAUGAAAGUAUUUGUAAAGAUCUGUGUCUUUACAAUGGAGUUAGACUGACUAUAUGUACCUGGGAGCCCUGAUCUUAAGACAAAAUGUGUGUACAUAUUGAUUCACUGUCUACAGAGGAGAAGUUGCAGGUGGAUUUCUACUCCAUCAUGUUUACUGAGAGUACUAAUAAAUGGAAUAAGAUUGCUGUGGUGAAGUGACUCACAAGAUUUUGCUGGGAUAUGGUGAUUGCUUUUGAAUGUAUUAAAGUGUUCGGAGAUUUGUCCCAAGUAAUUUAAAGUUUUAAUUUUAGGGCGGCACAAGCAAGACAUGUUCUGAAUGAAAAACUAUAAUGCCCAUAAGUGGAAAAUGCAUGUAAGACCUGAGCUAGAUAAUGGAUGCUUUUGUUACAUAAUGAAAUGCAUUCAAUGGCAGCUUUUUGCACUAGAUAGAUGUGAUGCUGACCUUGAGUGUACAUUGACCAGAAAAAGAUUGAUUCAUAAACAUUUGGCUCAGGAGUCUUGUGGUAUUGAUCUGAAGCUUAAAUGUAUGUGAGAAAGACCUUCUGGAAGACAAUUCCUUUAAAUUUAGUUGAUGGCCUAGAGCCAGUAAUGACAUAGCAUAUCUGGCAUGGGUGUCUUGAUUUAACUGCCAAUUGCUCAUGCUGCCUUCUAGACAGAACUGUUUAAUUUAUGCUUCAGCACAAAUAAGUCUUUGGUGGCUAGGAUUUUGGGAGUUUCCACUGGAUCGUUUAGUGAUUGUUCUGGUGAGGUUGACCAAGAAAUAAAGAGUGCCUGGAUUAUCAUGGGCCUUCUUCAAGUUACCUCUUCCAACAGCUGACCUUUGUGCGCUCCUCACCAUCUUGGAAUGACCCCUGAAGGAGCCAGAAGGGAAAGCUGACCAUAUAUAGAUGCCCCAAAGUGCCUUCUGCAUGCAUGUGAGCUCCUUGGGUCCAGGCCAUUGCCUUUCAGUAUUUGAACAAGUAGAAAUGUUUCUGCCAGUCACUUGCGGAAUUCACAGGACGCAAUGUAUCCUAAUCCUUGAAAGUACCUUCUCCCCCCCCCCCCUUUGUAUUCUAAGUGCACUUCUAGUGUUUUAACAAUAAUUUUAGGAGUUCAUAUUUGUCUUUUAAAUAAAGUAAUUUAAUUUAGUUGAUAAAAUGUACAGAAAUUUUGUUCCUUGUUAUAGAAGUUCCAAAGCUGUCAUUUGAACUAGAUUAAUAAACUGAAUAGUAAAUUGCAUUCUCCCAGCUUUUGCCCUAUCUCUUCUGUUUAGUGUGAAGUGAUGCUGGCAUAUAAUGGGGUUGAAUUCAGCAAUCAUUUUUAACUAAGUCUGCUUCAAUAUUGCCCCACUUAUAUGUUCUACUCUGCAGCUGCAAAAGUGGAUCAGCUUAAAUUAGACUGUUGGUUUGGAUGAAACCUAUACUUCAGCAGAACAAUUCACUGAAUUCAUAUCUGAGCUUCCCAAGGAUGCAUUAAUGAUAUGGAGUAUCAUUUUCUGCAGACCCAAUGCAUUCACACACUUUUCUCAGCCUCUCAUUGGGAAAAUGCCACAAGGUUGAGAGGGAUGCAAUUUUGUGACUCAUGGGUCCAGCUGAUUGGUUUUAACUGGGCUUACUAUAAAAUUGUCUUCCAAAAUGGAUGGCAGGGAUUUUGUAGAGUUCAGUUAUUUUUCCUAGGGUUUCUAUUUUGGGGGGGGAGGGGGGGUUGUCUCUUGGGAACUACAACUGUUCUCUCCAAGUAUCCACAGAGUUAAUUGUUUGGAGGAGUCUGCCAAAUCUGAAAGAAUGUGGCAUCAUGUGGCUGCUGAAAUUAUUCUACCUUUGCCAUUCUUUGUUUUACCACAUCAUCCACUCUGGUCCUAUGGCACUUCCUGUUGUCUUUUCCAAUUCUGUAGAACUUAACGGUUCUGAAAUUAUUUUACAUUACCUAACUUUUGUCUCCCUACUUAGAAAUGG